AUGUCGAGCUUCGAACCAAACGCCGUUAUCCGCGGCUUCCAGCUCACAGUGGUAGGCACUGUUCGUGCAUUAGCAAACCCUGAAUUAUUCAAGUACGACCAUUUCCGCCAAGCGGCUCUCGCCAUAGCCGUCGGCAUCGUGAUCCAGCUGAUCAUUCAAAUUCCAAUCCUCAGCGUCAAAUUCUCAAUCUACAUCUUAUCAUGGGUGAUUAACAUGGAGCAUGCUGUCUGGGAUGACAAGCUUCUGGAUGGAUUGGAAUUUAUGUCCAAGUCUGUCCUUCAGGUGCCAUUUUUGCUCAUGACCUUGAUGCGAUAUGUGACGCCUGCACUGGAUGAAAUUUUCAUGCAGUCCAUUCAAUGGGUGGACACCACAUAUAUUCAGAAACAUAAAACCGAAGAUCCUCAUCACCUGCGUUCUCUAUACUACCCCAAUCUUGCUCAGUACUCCACCAAAGGUGGCUCCAGUGUUUCUCAGCCAUUUCCCCAAGCACUGAAAUCAUUCUUCAGUCGCUACUCAAAGAAGUUCGGCAUGCUGCUUGGUAUCUAUAUUCUUUCGAUGGUUGUAGUCAUCGGUCGGUUUGUUAUGCCUGCAGCAAGUUUCUUCACAUUCCGAAGUCUUGUUGGAUCCACCCCCGCGGCUGUCAUUUUUGGUGUAGGCUUAAUGUUGCCGAAGGAGCACAUUGUCACGUUUCUCCACACCUACUAUGCUUCGCGCAGUCUGAUGCGUGAACUUCUUGAACCCUACUUUUGCCGCAUCAAGUUCACUGCUGAGCAAAAGCGUCGGUGGUUCCGCGACCGAGAAGGUGUUCUCUUUGGUUUUGCCUUCGCUUUCACGGUGGUUCUGCGCAUCCCAUAUAUCGGGGUCCUGAUGUAUGGCGUUGCCGAGGCAUCUACAGCGUACCUUGUCACUAAGAUCACCGACCCGCCUCCACCUCCUGCGGAAAGUUUAAACUUCGCGGAAAGUCAGGUUACCUGGAACAACAAACAUGAUUUCUUGCUUUUGUCUCUCGAUGCUCUUGAUAAGCUCAAUGUUGACGUGGGCGAGCAGGAUCAGAAAGAACCAGGCUCUCCCAAAAAGAAGUUUACUUGA